AUGAAAGAAGAAGAAGAUGAAGAAAUAAGUGAUUCCGAAACUUCGAAUAUUUAUCCUGAUCCGAAAAGCAGUGAUGAAGAUACAAUUAUAAAAUAUUCGAAAAAUAAUCAAAAUAUUAACGACGUACUUGUUUCUAGAAUUUGUCAAGUGUCCGCAAAAGUUUGCAAAAGCGAUCCGGAUGAAAUAUUAUAUUACAUACCCCAUAAGAAAGUACUCGAAAAAAUAGAAAGUAAAGAACAAACACGUGAACCACUAACAGGAUUCGCUAAACAACAAGAAGAGAUUACUAAAAGAAUAUUGAAACCUAGUCUUUCACAAUUGCAAACAGUAAAUGAAGUAAAAACUAAAAGUCGUAUAAUACAGGUACAGCCUAAAAGUUCAAUCAUCGAUGAAUCGUAUUAUAAAUCUAAGUCUCAGCCACCAAUUAUAGUAAAUCAAUUAGAAUUGAUUGAACGAUUGCGAAACGAUCCAGAACAUGUAUUUUAUUACAUGGUAUAUGCUGUUGAUCAUUCCUCCGAAUAUUUUACACCAUAUGCUUUAAGGGUCGUUGAAUAUAAAGAAACUGGUAAUGCAUAUUUGACAAUUAGUACAGAUGGUGUAACACAAUACAGUCCUGAAGAAGUUACUUUUACACCAAUCGAAUUGUGGAAAAGAGAAUACGUGUUUUAUAUGAAAUUAAUGAAAAUAAGAACUUUUGUAAUUUUUCGAAUGUGGAAAGCUUUUUACACAUGGAGAAAGCAAAUAACUAUUGGAAAAUUUAUGAAAGUUAGUAAUUACAUCGAACAAAAUCUUUUUAUAUCUGAUCCGAUACUUAGCAAAGCGUUACUCGAAAUCAAUGCUAUGUGUUCUGUAUUUCUUAAUUUAAGUUUUCACGAUGUAUCUGUCAUUGAAAAAUUGUCUCUGUUUGAUUUUACAGAAAUGCAGUUUCGGAAACUGGAAGAUCUUCGUAACAAAUUAGACGAAUUUAGAAGUUUGGCAAAGGAUAUCGUUUACAAUGCCUGUUUGAAAACACUUCUUGAAGCUGGUUACACACCUGACGAUUCAAAUAUUACAAUAGAACAAACUGCAUAUGGAAAAUUAAUCCCGUUUACUGGAAUGAAAUUUAAAAUGCCAAAGGACGGUGUUUUGAAGAUGAGUUACAUCGAACAAGCUCGAAAACGUGACAAAUGUUAUCGUCUUUCUUGUUUUAUUCAUCUCAUCGACUUCAUACAAACGAACAUGAUGCAAGGUCUUUUGUUUAAUACCUACAAAAGUCUUGUAGGUGUACUUAAAAAUCAUUCAAUUUAUCUACCCGAUGAUGAAUUGUUAGAAAAUAAUUUAAUCGAUGUUGUAUUAGAAUCUCCUUUGCCACGUCCGCAGGAACCAUAUUUUAUUGUAGAUUUAUUAAUAUCCGUAAAGGAUGGAAUAACUAUGGACCCAUCUGAAAAUAUUUUUCAACAAAUGUUUAAAACGUUACAAAUAACAUGGGAAGAAAAUUUACACGCUAUCAAACCGUUACUUUCCGAUCCGUUUUUUUACACCUUUACCAGGCCAAUGAUUAAUCGUAAAAUAGAAAAAAAGAUUUGCGGUGAACCACCGGAAAUUCUUACCGUAUUGAGCAUGGAUAAAUCAUUGGAACAAUUAAAAGAAGAAUUAUCGAGAAUUUUAAACGAUAAUAUUAAUUCUAUGAAACGUUUUACGAAACGUUUUCGAACGAUACACAAUUUUUAUUUAGAAGACAUGGAAUUCGACGAAAACAUUAUUCGAGAUAAUCUACGAUGUGAUUUAUUCCGUCAAUGGUGUCUUCGUUAUCAAAACGAAUUGAAAACCAUUAAUAAAAUAGUUGAUUAUCAACCAUUAGGUAUUUUUUACGUUCAAUUAGAACGUUUUAAAAAAGCAGCUGCCUUAGCACCCGAAAGUAAAAGGACUGUUAUUGAAAUUGUUAUGCCAGGAAUUGGUAAAAGUAGAGUAAAUGAUUUACUGAGUCAAGCAAUUGAAUCUUUAAAUUAUUUACAAUCUGAGCCGGUAUCAACGGAUGAUUUUGUAUCGUAUAUACAAUUCGUUGAUAAAGCUCAACAUAAAGUUGAUAUGAUGGAGAAUCAACUUGAUUACGUUAAAGAAUUGUACGAUACGAUGGAAGAAUUUCAAAUAAACGUGCCAGCGGAUGAUAUAGCGAAUUACUUGGGCAUAAGUGUGCAUUUUACUACUUUGCGUUUAGCUGUCGACAAGAAACUCGAGGAACGAGGAAAAUUAAUAGCAAAGUUUAAUACCCAACUUCAAAAAGAUAUUGUCUCAUUGACGAAUAAAGUAUCUGAAAUAAAUGACGAAAUUAUGCAAACGUGGUUAUUGGAAGCUGAAAGUAACGUAGAUGAAUGUUUAGAAACAUUGAAGGAUUUAACAGAAAGAUUGAAUGCGUGUGUGGCUACUGCAGACGAAUAUCGAUCGCAUCAAAGAGCGUUUAAAGUCGAAGUUACAAGAUUUGAAAUGAUUGAUCUAGUAAAAAAUGAAUUAAAAUUACGUACUUUACUUUGGGAUAGUGUUACAUCCUGGGCAAAUGCACUAGACCAAUGGCAAUUUGUUGACUUUAAUACGCUCAAUGUAGAAGAUGUUACAGGUUUAACUAUGCAAAUGUUAAAAAAUAUCGUCCAAAUGGAAAAAGGUUUACCCUCGAACAAUAUUCUACCAAAAUUAAAGGAAGACGUAGAACUGAUUAAAAAUAAAUUACCAAUAUUGGGAUAUUUACGAAAUCCAUUUAUGAAAAAACGUCAUUGGAUUAAAAUCGAAGGAAUGUUGAAUUAUAGAUUUAAACCGGACGAGCCUUUGACUUGGAAUUUAUUGGAAAAUCUCGGGGUAUUUCUUUAUCCGAACGAAUUAAUGGAAAUUGCAGCUGCAGCUAGUUCCGAAGCUAAUUUAGAAGGAAUGAUAACUAAAGUUGAAGAUUUAUGGAAGAAUUUGGAGUUUAUCAUUGUACCUUAUAGAGAAGCAAAGGAUAUUUUUAUAUUAGGAAGUUUGGAAGAAAUUCAAUUGGCCUUGGAUGAAAGUAAUAUUAAUAUACAAACAAUAGCAGCAUCUCGACACGUUGGACCAAUAAAACCGAAAGUUGAAGAUUGGACGGAAAAAUUGGAUCUCUUUACAACGACUCUAGAUGCAUGGCAAUAUUGUCAACAACAAUGGUUAUAUUUAGAAGCAAUAUUUUCAGCACCCGACAUUCAAAGACAAUUACCUAUCGAAGCGAAAUUAUUUCUACAAGUUGACAGAUCUUGGAAAGAUAUAAUGAGACGAGCAGCCAAGAUGCCGCUAGCCAUGGAAGUUUGUACGCAACCUGGUAUGCUAGAACAACUCAUUGAAAACAAUAACAGUCUCGAUCAAGUAAUGAAAUGUUUAGAAGCAUAUUUAGAAACAAAACGUAUAGCGUUUCCACGAUUUUUUUUCUUGUCGAACGACGAAUUAUUGGAAAUAUUAGCACAGACAAAAAAUCCGCACGCCGUUCAAGUACAUUUGCAAAAAUGUUUUGACGCUAUACAUCGUUUGGAAUUCGCAACAACAACGAAAGAAGACGAACACGGUGAAGUAAUAGCAACCGUUCUUACUAACGAUAUUAUUGCUAUGAUAUCACCCGAGGGUGAAAAGGUUGCUCUUGGUAGGGGUUUACGAGCAAGAGGAAACGUAGAAGAUUGGCUUGGCAAAGUAGAAGAAUCCAUGUUCAUAACUUUAAGAAUGAGAAUGAAAUUAGCUAUCGUCGAUUUAGAAUCUCGAGGAAGAGAAUUGUUUCUUUCUGCUCAUCCUUCACAGAUUGUACUAACGGUAUCGCAAAUAUUGUGGGCUCGUAAUGUUCACCUAAUCUUGGAUUCAAAUGAUAAUGUUUUAAAUUCGAUUCAAUCGUUUCAACAAAAGUGUUAUUCGGAUCUGAAUCAACUAGCAGCUAUGGUCAGAGGUGAAUUACCAAAAUUAAUACGCGAGGUAAUAAUUAAUUUAAUUACCAUUGACGUACAUGCCCGAGAUAUAAUCACAAUUUUGGUUGAAAAUAAAAUUGAUUCUACUACAUGUUUCGAUUGGGUUAAAGUAUUACGUUAUUAUUGGGACGACGAAAUUGAUAAUUGUUUAGCGAAAAUGAGUAUUUCGGAAUAUUUAUAUGGUUACGAAUACCUUGGAGCACAAAGAAGACUCGUCAUAACGCCACUCACUGACAAAUGUUAUCUUUGUUUAAUGGGUGCUUUGCAAUUAGACUUGGGUGGUGCACCCGCGGGACCAGCUGGUACUGGUAAAACAGAAACGACCAAAGAUCUUGCAAAAGCUUUUGCCAUUCAAUGCGUUGUUUUUAAUUGUUCCGAAGGAUUGGAUUACAAAAUUAUGGGUAGAUUUUUUUCUGGAUUAGCAACAUCUGGUGCUUGGUGUUGCUUCGAUGAAUUUAAUCGAAUUGAUAUCGAAGUACUUUCUGUAAUAGCUCAACAAUUAAUUACUAUAAGAAAUGCAAAACUCAUCAGAGCUACUGAAUUUAUGUUCGAGGGUCGUAUGAUCAAAUUAGUUAUGUCAUGUUCAACUUUCAUUACUAUGAAUCCUGGAUAUGCUGGACGUACGGAAUUACCAGAUAAUUUAAAAUCUUUGUUCCGACCGUUCGCCAUGAUGGUUCCUGAUUAUAAAUUAAUUGCCGAAGUAACGUUAUAUUCAGAAGGGUUUGAAAUGUCCAGUGUGUUGUCCAGAAAAAUGACACUGAUGUAUACGCUAUGCAGCGAACAAUUGUCGCAACAAGAUCAUUAUGACUUUGGAAUGAGAGCUGUCAAAAGCGUCUUAGUAAUGGCAGGAUCAUUAAAACGUGAUAAUCCUGAUAAAUCGGAAGACGUUGUUUUGAUAAAAGCAUUACGCGACAGUAAUAUUCCAAAAUUCUUGAGCGAAGAUGCAAACCUAUUUCAAGGUAUCGUUAGUGAUCUUUUUCCUGAUAUCAUAAUACCCCUAGAGGAUUACGGUAUUUUCGAAGAAACAGCAAUUACGACGUUGAUAGAUAGCGGUAAGCAACCAGAACAAUGUACCAUAAAAAAAGCUAUUCAGUUGCAUGAAACUAUGGUGGUCAGGCAUGGUGUAAUGUUGGUAGGACCAACUGGAUCGGGCAAAUCUACUGUUCUUAAUACUUUAUGUAAAACUUAUAAGCGUCUUUAUGAAAUGGGUGUAGAAAGUCCAUAUUAUCAACCUGUACACAUGUAUAUACUUAAUCCAAAAGCAGUUACCAUAGGUGAAUUGUACGGGGAAGUAGAUACAUUAACUAAUGAAUGGCGUGAUGGUUUAUUAGGUGUUAUAAUACGUCAUGCAUGCUCCUUUCAAACAGAAGAUCACCAAUGGGUUGUAUGCGAUGGUCCUGUCGAUGCUAUUUGGAUCGAAAAUAUGAACACUGUUCUGGACGAUAAUAAAAUGUUGUGUCUCGCUAAUUCCGAGAGAAUUAAAUUUACUCCAUACGUUCACAUGAUUUUCGAAGUUAUGGAUCUUGCACAAGCUUCACCAGCAACGGUUAGUCGAUGCGGAAUGGUGUACGUUGAUCCUGCCGAAUUAAAAUGGUUGCCACUUGUAAAGACAUGGGUACAAAAGCUUCCCGACGAAAUAUUCACGUUGGAAUAUAAACAAUUAAUAAUCGAUCUUUUCGAAGGAUAUUUCGAAAAUGGAUUGAUCUUUUUCAAAAGAAAUUGCGAUCACGCUAUCGCACAAGUUGAUAUCAGUAAAGCCAACAUGGCUUGUGGUAUAAUGGAAAGUAUAAUACUCGAGCCAAAUGUUAUCGAAAAAACAACGGAAAGAUCACGAAUAAAAACAUUUCUUACUCAAUCUUUCAUUUAUUCGCUUCUAUGGUCGAUAGGUGGUAAUAUCGUUGAUGCAUAUCGUGAAUUUUUCGAAGUUUUUGUUAAAGAACAAUUCGAUGAACAUCCAGAUGCACGAUUACCAUCCGCUGAUUUAUGGAAUCUUUACAUGAACAUUCAAACACGAAGAUUAGAUUUAUGGGUUAAGAUAAUGCCAGUAUUCGAAUAUGACAAGAAUAUACCAUUUUUUGAUAUUAUUGUUCCGACUAUUAAUACCAUUAGAUAUGGUUAUAUAAUGCAAAAACUUAUCAUGAUUAACAUGCCAGUUUUAUUCACCGGUGCUACAGGAGUAGGAAAAUCAAUAAUAACGAAAAUUGUAUUAAACACGCUUCAAGAAACUAAUCUUUGGGUACCAAUUACUUUGAUUUUUUCUGCACAAACUAGCAGCGGACGUACUCAAGAAAUUAUCGAACUUAAAUUAGAAAAAAGGAAGAAAGCACUUUUAGGAGCACCCAUUGGAAAAAGGGUUUGCAUUUUUGUCGAUGAUAUCAAUAUGCCUAAAUUGGAUACGUACGGAUCUCAACCACCGAUUGAAUUAUUGCGACAAAUUCUAGACUAUGGUGGUAUGUACGAUCGUGAGAAAUUAUUCUGGAAGGAUAUAGAAGACAUUGUAAUCACGGCUGCUUGUGCACCACCCGGGGGUGGUAGAAAUCCUCUUACACCAAGAUUUGUAAGACACUUUGCAAUGUUAUUUAUACCAUCACCGACGGAAGAAUCUCUUAGAGCUAUAUUUAAAUCAAUCAUGAGAGGAUUUCUCAGUGAUUUUGUACAACCGAUAAUUGAUCUCGGUGAUAAAAUAAUAAAUGCUACGGUCGAAGUAUAUAAAAAGAUUUCUAUCGAUCUUUUACCUACGCCAGAAAAAAGUCAUUACGUUUUCAACUUACGUGAUUUAUCAAAAUGCGUGCAAGGAAUGAUGCAGGUCAAUCCGUCUGUUAUCAGAGAACCUAAACAAAUGUUGAGAUUGUUUUAUCACGAAUGUCUACGUGUGUUUCACGACAGACUGAUUAAUCCAGAAGACAAAAAUUACUUUUAUCGACUUUUGUCAAAUAUUUGUCUUAAUACAUUUGGCGAUCAAGUUAUACCAUUACCGGAUGAAAAAGUUAUCGAGAAACCUCCAAUUUUACUCUUCGGAGAUUUUAUUUCCUAUGGUGUACCAUUGGAACAACGAAUUUAUGAAGAAAUUACAGACACGAAUAAAAUAAAAUCGGUUUUGCAGGAUUAUUUGGAUGAUUAUUCAUUAAGUAUCGGACAGGAAUUGGGAAUAAUAUUUUUUAUGGAUGCCAUCGAACACGUUUGCAGACUUGCAAGAAUUCUUCGAUCAGAAAGGGGUAAUGGAUUAUUGGUCGGAAUGGGUGGUAUGGGAAAACAAAGUUUAACGAGAUUAGCGUCGUAUUUAAAUUUUUAUCGGUGUUAUGAAAUCGAAGUUACUCGUAAUUAUGAUAAAAAUUCGUGGUUCGAAGAUCUUCGUAAAUUUUAUUUUAAACCAGGAACAGAGGGGCAACACACAACGUUUGUAUUCACAGAUACUCAGAUAGUAUUGGAAGAAUUUUUGGAAGAUAUUAAUAACACCCUCAAUACCGGUGAAGUUCCAAACUUAUAUGAAGCAGACGAAUUAGAAAAAGUUAUAAUCGCAACAAGACCGGCAGCUAAACAAAAUGGAAUCGAUGAGAGUGACAGAGAUGCUAUUUAUCAAUUUUUUAUCGAAAGAGUUAGAAACUUUUUACACCUUAUGAUUUGCAUGAGUCCUAUCGGCGAUGCGUUCAGACGACGUUGUCGUAUGUUUCCUUCAUUGGUUAAUUGUUGCACAAUUGAUUGGUUCACAAAAUGGCCAAGAGACGCUCUUCUUUCGGUGGCAGAAAGUUCUAUAAUAAAAAUAGUACCCGAUAAUGAAGAAACUUUGUCUGCGCUUUGCUCAAUUUGUGUUUUGAUGCACGAGACAGUGGAAUAUGCAACAACUCGAUAUUUUUUGGAAAUGCGUCGUAGAUAUUACACGACACCAAGCAGUUAUUUGGAAUUGUUGAAACUUUAUGAAAAGACGUUGCACAAAAAGAAACAAGAGAUUUUAACGCUAAAGAAAAAAAUUUUGAAUGGUUUGAACAAAUUGCACGAGACUAACGAGAUGGUAAGCAUAAUGAAGGAACAAUUGAUCAUACUUGCGCCAAAACUUAAAAGCAGUACAGAGGAAGUGUCGCAAUUAGUGAAAAUAAUAGCGAAGGAACAAAUCGAAUGCGACAAAGUUAAACACGUUGUAACAGCUGACGAAGCUGCUGCAAAAAUCAAAGCUGAAGAAACUGCAGCUUUAGAAAUUGAUGCUAGACAAGAUCUGGAAGCUGUGAUACCAGCCUUAGAGGAAGCUGAACAAGCACUAAAAGCACUUAAUAAAAAUGACAUUAACGAGAUCAGAGUUUUCAAUCAACCACCGCGUCUGGUUCGGUUUGUCAUGGAAGCUGUAAAUUUAUUAUUAGGAGAAAAAACCGAUUGGCCCACCGCUAAAUUAGUUUUAGGCGAUAUUCACUUUCUGGAUCGAUUAAUUGCCUAUCCCAAAGAUGACAUUAGCGACAAACUAUUAGAAAAUUUGCAAAAAUACGUAAAUCAUCCGGAUUUUAAACCAGAACUUGUUGCGAGACAGAGUAAAGUAUGUAAGUCAAUGUGUGUCUGGGUAAGAGCAAUGGAUGGUUAUGCCAAAAUUUAUAGAGUAGUUGAACCUAAACGACAAAGAUUGAAGGAAGCACAAAAUGAAUUAUGGACGAUCGAGAGUCUGUUGGCUAAGAAACAAAAAGAAUUGGCGGACGUUGAGAGGAAAAUACAAUUAUUGCAAAAACAAUACGAUGCUGCUGUUAAUAAUUUAAAUUAUUUGGAAAACGAAAUGACACUUGCCGAAGCUAGAUUGAAUAGAUCGGGUAGAUUAACGUCGGCUCUUAGAGACGAAAAACAACGAUGGCAAACUAUGAUCGAGGAAUUUGAUAAACAGAUGUUAAACAUAACUGGCGAUACUUUGAUCGCAUCCGGUGCAUUGGCUUAUCUGGGUGCGUUUACAAAUAUAUAUAGAGAAGAAUUAAUGGGAACGUGGAUAUCGAGGUGUAAUGAUUUAAAAAUAAAAACAACUACGAAUUAUAAUUUGAUCAACAUACUCGCCGAUCCUUACGAAAUUCGUUUAUGGAAUGUGCACGGUUUACCGAGAGAUCAAAUUAGCACCGAAAAUGCUAUUAUAGUUAUGCAAGCUAAUAGAUGGCCUCUUAUGAUUGAUCCGCAAGAACAGGCUAAUAGAUGGAUACGAAAUAUGGAAAAGGAAAAUGAUAUAAAAAUAUGCAAAUUAACAGAUCAUAACUUCAUGAGAAUUUUAGAAGCUUGUAUAAGAAUUGGGGCACCUGUGUUAUUGGAGGAAGUCACUGAAACGUUAGAUCCAAGCUUAGAACCUGUUUUGCUUAAACAAUUAUUUGUACAGGGUGGAAGAACUUUGAUACGGUUAGGAGAUAGCGAUAUUGAAUAUGAUAAAAAUUUUCGAUUAUACAUAACAACGAAAAUUGCCAAUCCUCAUUAUUUGCCAGAAAUUUGUAUAAAAGUGACAAUAGUCAAUUUUACGGUUACUUCGCACGGUCUUCAGGAACAAUUGCUCGCCGACGUUGUACGACUUGAAAGACCCGAUCUUGAAGAAAUUAGAAACGAAUUGAUUGCUAAAAUAAAUUCUGAUAAAGGACAAUUGCAAAGCAUCGAGGAUAAAAUUCUAACGUUACUUUAUGGAUCAGGUGAUGAUAUCUUGGAUAAUGAAGAACUUAUAGAAACUCUUAACGAAAGCAAAGAAACCUCGGCAAUUAUUGCUACGCGAUUGAUCGAAACUGAAGCAACGGAAGAAAAAAUAUCGAUUGAACGUAAUAAAUAUCAAAGCGUUGCAAAUCGUGGUUCUGUUUUGUACUUUGUCGUUGCCGAUUUAACUGACAUUGAUCCUAUGUAUCAAUUCUCGUUAAAAUAUUUUAAUCAGGUAUUCAAUGCUGUGAUUGAAAGUAGCGAAAAAACUACGACGCUCCAAGAACGUCUUAUUAUAUUGAACAGGAACACUACAAUUGCAAUUUAUAUCAACGUUGCUCGUGGUCUUUUUGAAAAACACAAAUUAAUAUUUAGCCUUAUGGUGAACAUAGCGAUACAUUUAGACGCAGAAAUUAUAAAUUAUUCACAAUGGAAUUUUAUUUUGCGCGGAGGAAGUCAGAUCAAAGUUAAUAAAAAACCGGAUUGUCCAACAUUGACGGAUAUUAUGUGGAACAAUAUUAAUUAUCUUGCUAGUACUUCGGAAAAAUUUGAAAAUAUUUUAGAAGAUGUACUGAAAAAGAUCAAUUUGAAACUUGAUUAUUUAGAAGAGGAAAUUAAUUUAAAUCCCAAAAAUGUGACUAGAGCAACGCACGAUUGGAAUAAUAUAUUAAGUGAUAUUGAAAAAUUGAUGUUAUUAAAGUGUCUUAAAGAAGAAUGUCUUAUCUUUGGAUUUACUGCUUACGUAUCGAAACAUCUUGGUCAAAAAUUCGUAGAAUCACCAGCAGCGAGUCUUCAUUCACUUUUUCCAGAUACAUCUAACAAAAUACCAUUAAUAUUUGUACUCACUACUGGAUCCGACCCUUUCAGUGGUUUUCAAAGAUUCGCUAUAGAAAUAGAAUAUUUCAAUAGAUUCGAUUCCAUAUCUUUAGGACAAGGUCAAGGUCCUAUCGCUGAAAAAUUAAUUAAAAAUGGCAUGAACGAAGGCAGAUGGGUAUUUUUACAAAAUUGUCACUUGGCUGUUUCGUGGUUGAUCAAUUUGGAAAAAAUUGUUGCGGAUAUAUCUGAAAUGCCUGACAAUGAAUUGCAUACAGAUUUUCGAUUAUUUUUAAGCUCAAUGCCGAGCACCGCCUUUCCAGUUUCAAUUCUUCAAAAUGCAGUUAAAGUUACAAAUGAACCACCAAAAGGAUUGAAAGCUAAUCUCAAAAGGGCACUUUUAGAUUUACAUGAGGAUUUUUUCGAGGAUAAUGUUCUGAAUGAAAGUUGGCGUAGAAUGAUAUUUGGUAUAUGUUUCUUCCAUGGAAUUAUUCAAGAAAGAAAAAAAUUCGGUCCCUUAGGCUGGAAUAUACUUUACGAAUUUAGUGAUAGUGAUCGAGAAUGCUGUUUAUUGAACUUGCAAAUUUUUUGUGAAGGUGGUACAAUACCAUGGGAUGCGUUAACAUAUAUCACAGCUGAGAUUACAUAUGGAGGAAGAGUAACAGACUUUUGGGAUCUUCGUCUUCUAAAAACCAUUUUAGAUAUAUUUUUCUCCCCUAAAACUUUAGAUAUUGAUUAUAUUUAUUCAGCAUCUGGUAUAUACUACUGUCCAAAAUAUGAAAAGCUUAAAGAAUACAUUGAUUUUAUUGAUAUUUUUCCAAUUGUUGAGGAUUCCGAAAUUUUUGGGAUGCAUGAAAAUGCAAAUAUAGCCUAUCAGCUGAAAGAGACUCAAUUUAUUAUAAAUACUAUAUUGGAAGCACAACCUAAAGAAAGUAUGGUAUCAGAUAUUAAAUCUACAACAGAUAUCGCAUAUGAAAUGGCAGAUAUGAUUAUGGAUAGAAUACAUUUAAACAUAGAUUCUCAAUUGUGUCACUCUUCACAUUUCACAGUAGAUGCAAAGGGUAGAAUACCAUCCUUUACUACAGUUCUUUUGCAAGAAGUAGAUAGAUAUAAUAAACUCUUAGCAAAAAUACAUGCCUCAAUGGAAAAUUUACAACGAGCUAUUAAAGGAUUUGUUGUUAUGUCAGAAGAACUUGAAACCGUUUUUACAGCUUUAAUAAAUAAUCAAGUACCGCAAUUGUGGCACAACGUUAAUGUAUAUCCAUCUUUAAAAACCCUAGGAAGUUGGACAAAGAACUUGGAACUUCGUAUUGAUUUCAUAGAAAUGUGGUUGUUACAUUCCACGCCAUUGUCUUUUUGGAUAUCUGGACUAUCAUUUCCACAAGGUUUCAUAACUGGCAUAUUACAAACCUAUGCAAGGAAGUAUAACACCCCAAUCGAUCAAUUAAAAUUGGAUUUUCAAGUCACUGAAGUUGUUCUACAUCAAGAAGAUAUAGAAACUGCGCAUAAAAAAGCGAAUAAAGAAGUACCACAAGCAUAUAAGGGCUUACAAGUUCCACAAGACGGAGUGUUUAUACAUGGUCUAUUUAUUGAUGCUGGUAGAUGGGAUUUUCAAUUCAAGAUUUUAGUCGAUGCAAAUAUAGGUGAAAUGCAUCCCUCACUUCCAGUUACACAUGUGAAUCCAAUUUUACAAUUACCAGAACAAGAUUUAAGAUACGUUUGUCCAUUAUAUAAAACUAGUUUACGUGCAGGAGUUUUAUCUACAACAGGUCAUAGUACAAAUUUUGUUUUACCUCUAUUACUCCCAUCAGUUCAACGACAAUCAUAUUGGAUAUUGAAAGGAACAGCUCUAUUAAUCGAAAUACCAGACUAAUUAUAUAUGAGAUUCAUUACAGUCCUAAUUUAUAAUAUUCUAAUAAAAUAACAAUUAUUUCUCAUAAUUAAAGUAAUAUUUACUUUGUUUGUUUUAUAAUAAAUAAAAAUAAAUACACAGACAUAAUUAGUACGAUAUUAAUAUAUAUACUUAACAUAAAGUUAAUAUUAGAUCUUAUUAAAUUAAAGCGUUUUUAAGGCACUUGCUCAUUUUCUGUUUUAGUAUAUAAAAAUAUUAGAAAAUAAAUUCUCUUUGUUUACAUCUUAAAACAUGAGCAUGAUA